AUGCCAGAGCCGGCUGCCCAGAUGGGCAGGCCACUUCCGGUACUGUUCAUCAGCACCCUCAUCCCCAUCGCCCUCACUCUCAUUGUUCAUCCCCUCAUUCCCGUAUUCGGCCUCUCAGAGUACUUUCCCUUGCCUCCGCAGCCGACCUUCCCCGCCCUCCAGGCCAACGUCGGCUUCGCGCUCCUCGCACUCGUCGGGACACUCUUGAUCGUUCCAAAAGUUGGUCCAGCAUUCAUCGAGAAGGGUAUCAGGGGACGCGACCUGCUCAAGCCGGGUGGACGGACAUCUGGGCCAUGGAUUCCAGAGUGCCUCGGGUUACCUUGCGCGUCCUUGUACCUCCUGCUGAUGAUGCUCUUUAUCCCCUUUCCCUUCUCGCACAUCUUCCAGGUCGCUGGCAAUAACGGUGUCGGUCGCGAAAAGUUCCCUAUUCGCGAGCUCACAUUUUACCUGACGUCGCUGCUGUCGCUCUUCACCGCGACUAUGCUUGGGUUCAUCGACGACCUGUUCGACAUCCGCUGGCGACACAAGCUUCCAAUCCCUCUGAUUGCUGCGGUUCCAACGCUCUUAGUCUACUACGCGACAGGAGGGUGGACGUGGGUCGUCCUGCCCGAGAGCGUCGGCAAGCUGCUGUGCUCACUCGGAUUGCCUGGAUGGACCGGAGCUCCAGUGGUCAACCUGCAUGUCUUCUACUAUGUCUACCUCGUCCUUCUCCCGACCUUCACAACAAACUCUAUCAACAUCCUCGCUGGAAUCAAUGGCGUGGAAGUCAUCCAGCCGCUGAUCAUCGCAAUGUCUGUCACUCUUAACGACCUGUUCUUCCUGCCCAUCUGGCCAGAAUGGCUCCUCGCGUUACUAGGCGUCGAGAACCCAGCCUCUGGACGUAUGCUACCAUGGGCUGUCGGGCAGGUCGUCACACGUCAUCUGAUGAGCCUCUACUUCAUGAUCCCGCUCAUCGGCGUCUGUGCAGGGUUCUUGUGGCACAACUGGUAUCCCGCUCGGGCAUUCCCAGGCGACACGUUGUGCUACUUCACAGGGAUGGCCUUCUCGGCAGUGGCCAUCCAAGGCCACUUCUCCAAGACCAUGCUGCUGUUCUUCCUGCCCCAGAUCUUCAACUUCCUCCUGUCGUCCCCUCAACUCUUCCGCCUCGUUCCAUGUCCACGCCAUCGGCUGCCACAUUUCAAUGAGGCCACAGGCCUGCUAGAGCCUUCAAAGGCAGUAUUCGAACGCGCCCCACCCUUGUUGGGCCGGAUCAUCCUUGAGGCCUUCCAGAUCUUGGGUCUCACAAGGCUUGAGCGUGCUCCGCCGCCUGCCGACUCCAAGAGCGGAGAGAAGACGCCGUCCGAUUCAUGGCCGCAAGAUGGUGACCUUAUAUCAGCCACGAAUCUCACUCUCCUCAACGUCCUGCUGGUUAGGCUCGGUCCGAUGCGCGAGCCAACACUCUGCCUUCUUGUCGGAGCAGGGCAAGUUGCUGGCAGCGCGGUCGCUUUCGCGAUCCGAUAUGGCGUUGGUUCAUUAGUGUACGGCGGAGACAGGCGAUAG